GCCAUUUGUGACACGGUCGUCGUGAUUGGUCACAGUAGGGUGCCAUUUGUGACACGGUCGUCGUGAUUGGUCACAGUAGGGUGCCAUUUGUGAUUGGUCACAUGGGUUAGCAGCAGAUGUUCGUGUCAUCGUCGUGAUUGGUCACAUGGGUUAGCAGCAGAUGUUCGUGUCAUCGUCGUGAUUGGUCACAUGGGUUAGCAGAUGUUUGUGUCAUCGUGUCACAACGGCUAACAUAACCUGUCACAACCUGUCACAACCUGUCAUAACCUGUCACAACCUGUCACAACCUGUCACAACCUGUCACAACCUGUCAUAACCUGUCACAACCUGUCAUAACCUGUCACAACCUGUCACAACCUGUCAUAACCUGUCACAACCUGUCACAACCUGUCAUAACCUGUCACAACCUGUUAUAACCUGUCACAACCUGUCAUAACCUGUCACAACCUGUCACAACCUGUCAUAACCUGUCACAACCUGUCAUAACCUGUCAUAACCUGUCAAAACCUGUCAUAACCUGUCACAACCUGUCACAACCUGUAACCUGUCACAACCUGUUAUAACCUGUCAUAACCUGUUGUCAAAUCAAAUUUGAUUGGUCACAUACACAUGGGUUAGCAGAUGUUCGUGCGAGUGCAGCGAAAUGCUUUGUGCUUCUGGUUCCGACCGUGCAGUAAUAUCUAACAAGCAAUCUAACAAAUUCACAACAACUACCGUAUACACACAAAUCUAAAGGGGUGAAUGAGAAUAUGUACAUAUGAGUAUAUGGAUGAGCGAUGGCAAAGGUGCAAUAGAUGGUAUAAAAUACAGUAUAUACAUGUGAUAUAAGAUAUGUAAACAUUAGUAAAGUGGCAUUGUUUAAAGUGACUAGUGAUCCAUGUAUUAAAGUGACUAGUGAUCCAUUUAUUAAAGUGGCCAGUGAUUGGGUCUCAAUGUUGGCAGCAGCCUCCCUGAGUUACUGGUGGCUGUUUAACAAGGAGAUAGAAGCUGUUCUUCAGUCUCUCGGUCCCUGUUUUGAUGCACCUGUACUGACCUCGCCUUCUGGAGGAUAUGGAGGUGAACAGGCAGUGGCUCGGGUGGUUGUUGUCCUUGAUGAUCUUUUAAUAUGGUCAAUUACACUUGUCAUGCAUUUUAUGGCUGGUUAUGAUGUGUUAACCCACAUUUAUUCAACAACAACAACAACAACAAUUCCAGACCAAGAAGUUUAUUUUCGUUUGAACGUUAGUUUGUUAACCCUUUUGUUUUGAGUUCUUUUAAACAUUUUUUAACUUUUAAAUACACUUUAUGACGUUUUCAUGAAACAUUAAGAACUGUGUCACUUCACGAAGAGAACGCACUUCAUGACACUUUCAAGAAGCAUUAUGACAUCAUAAUCAUAUAAACCAGAUGGGCCAAUCACGUACAUGCCCUUAAAUCAGUCAUCUGUCAAAAAGGUGUCUGGUCCUGCUCCUGAAAUCUACUCCUGCAUUCCUCCCAGUCAUCUGUCAAAAAGGUGUCUGGUCCUGCUCCUGAAAUCUACUCCUGCAUUCCUCCCAGUCAUCUGUCAAAAAGGUGUCUGGUCCUGCUCCUGAAAUCUACUCCUGCAUUCCUCCCAGUCAUCUGUCAAAAAGGUGUCUGGUCCUGCUCCUGAAAUCUACUCCUGCAUUCCUCCCAGUCAUCUGUCAAAAAGGUGUCUGGUCCUGCUCCUGAAAUCUACUCCUGCAUUCCUCCCAGUCAUCUGUCAAAAAGGUGUCUGGUCCUGCUCCUGAAAUCUACUCCUGCAUUCCUCCCAGUCAUCUGUCAAAAAGGUGUCUGGUCCUGCUCCUGAAAUCUACUCCUGCAUUCCUCCCAGUCAUCAGAAACAGAGCAUUGGGAUUGGGACUAUGACGCAGACAGUGCAGACGAACGGGGUGCAACCCCUCAGUAAGACCUGGGAACUCAGUCUGUAUGAGUUACAGAGGACUCCACAGGAGGCCAUCACAGAUGGGCUGGAGAUCGCCGUGUCUCCCAGGAGCCUCCACAGUGAGCUGAUGUGUCCCAUCUGUCUGGACAUGCUGAAGAACACCAUGACAACCAAGGAAUGUCUGCACCGCUUCUGUGCCGACUGCAUCAUCACCGCCCUCCGAUCAGGCAACAAGGAAUGCCCUACGUGCAGAAAGAAGCUGGUGUCUAAGCGAUCCCUGCGGCCGGACCCUAACUUUGAUGCCCUCAUCAGUAAGAUCUACCCCAGCAGAGAUGAGUACGAGGCCCACCAGGAGAGGGUUCUGGCCCGCAUCUCCAAACACAACAACCAGCAGGCCCUGUCCCACAGCAUCGAGGAGGGCCUCAAGAUACAAGCCAAGAACAGGCUGCAGCGAGGGAAGAAGCACCAGCUGGAGAACGGCAGCGGGGCGGAGGACAACGGUGACUCCUCCCACUGCAGCAACGCCUCCGUCCACUCCAACCAGGAGGCGGGGCCGAGCAUCAAGCGUACCAAGACGUCAGAUGACUCUGGUCUGGACAUGGACAACGCUACAGAGAACGGAGGGGGAGGGGACGUGGCCAUGGACGGAGCCAGCGAGAUAGAACUGGUGUUCUGUCCUCAUCCUACGCUCAUGGACAAGGAGGACACCGUGCAGACCAGUGUUGAGUUUGUUCCCAGGUACAUCAAGACGUCGGGCAACGCCACAGUGGACCACCUGUCUAAGUACCUGGCUGUGCGUCUGGCUCUGGAGGAACUGAGGAAGAACGGAGAGGCCAGCCCUGUCAAUGUAGACGCUGCCUCAGAGAAACAAUACACCAUUUAUAUCCCUACAGCCAACGGCCAGUUCACGGUGCUGAACGGGUCUUUCUCUCUGGAGCUUGUCAGUGAGAAGUACUGGAAGGUGAACAAACCCAUGGAGCUGUACUUCGCCCCCACCAAGGAGCACAAGUAGACCGCCUGGAGUACACCUGGGGGGUAGACCGCCUGGAGUACACCUGGGGGGUAGACCGCCUGGAGUACACCUGGGGGGUAGACCGCCUGGAGUACACCUGGGGGGUAGACCGCCUGGAGUACACCUGGGGGGUAGACCGCCUGGAGUACACCUGGGGGGUAGACCGCCUGGAGUACACCUGGGGGGUAGACCGCCUGGAGUACACCUGGGGGGUAGACCGCCUGGAGUACACCUGGGGGGUAGACCGCCUGGAGUACACCUGGGGGGG